AUUCUUGUCAGUUGUCCACCUUUGUAAAAGUUGUGUAGAACUGUGUUGUUUUCGCGAUGGAUAAUACAGAAAAUGAAUAUUUUAUUGUUGACGAAAAGUCAGAGUUGGUGAAAGAUAUUGCGUUGCUAUAUCGUACCAAACAUUUUUCUGAUAUUGUUUUAAUUAUCAACAAAGAAAGAAUUUUGGCCCACAAGGUUAUUCUCGCUGCAAGAAGUCCCUACUUCGAAAAACUCCUCUACAAGAAUGGCAAAGAAACAGAACAGAAAGAAGUCAUAAUUUGCCUAAAUACUUCAGCCGAUUACUUCCGGGAAAUUAUCAAAUUUAUCUACACUGGUGUUAUUACUAUAAACCUUUCAAACUUGGACACUGCUUUGGAUCUUCUUGAUUUAGCCCAUCAGUGCGGCCUUACGAACCUGGAAACCAUCAUAGGGGAGAAAUUGAAGCUUUUUCUCAAUGACAAAAACAUUAUCGCAAUUUUGAACCUUGCAAAUCUCUACGACUUAAUCGAACUUCGCGACACUUGCCAUGCCUUCAUAGACCCAAAAGCUUCAGAAAUCCUCAAGCAUGAUGCUUUCAACGAAUUAAGCCAAAAAUCCUUGAUUAAAUUGUUAGAAAGAGAUUCGUUUUUUGCUCCCGAAAUCGAGAUUUUUGAAAGCGUAGCUCAGUGGUGUCAAGUUAACGUCCACGAUGCUGAUUUAGUGGUGAAAUGUGUUCGAUUAUCUUGGCUGAGUGUUGUCGAAAUUGUGUCAAUUGUUUGGCCUUCAAAGCUUGUCCGUUGUGAAGAUUUGUUGCAAGCUAUUGCGGAAAUUAUCGAUGUAAAACCGAAUGAGACGAAUUGCAGGGGAAAAUCAUUACCGGGCGUUAAUGUUGCUACUCCUGAACAUAAAGCAACUGUGAUUACCGGCCGAAGAACCGAACAUUUAUUAAAUGGCAACCGAAAUGUGGACAACUGGACAGAGACAACGAUUGGUGAUAAAACAGGAUUGACUAUUAAAUUUGGGUUUCCAUUUCUUAUUAAUCACAUUCGUAUGGGUUUAUAUGAUAAAGAUUUAAGAACUUACCGGUAUUAUGUGGAAGUUUCAGUCGAUCAGAAGAAAUGGAAAAAAGUUAUAGAUUACAGUGAGCUUGGUUGUCGGUCAUAUCAGGAUUUAUAUUUUGAAAACAAAGUUGUACAGUAUGUGAGAGUAAUUGGUACUUUCAAUUCAGUAAACAAGUUCUUUCAUUUAAUAUUCUUCGAAGCGUAUUACAUGGAAAACAUACCAAGAAUCGUCAAUGGUAUUGUCUUUCCUACCUCAAACGUGGCCACCGUGGAAAAAAAAGCAGUAGUUGUUGAAGGCACCAAUGGAGCUGCAUUACUUGACGGGGUUACAAGUGACUAUGGUAGUUUCACGUACCACGUAAUUGGUACUGGAAGUAUAGUUGUACAAUUAGCUCAACCCUUCAUGCUUUCUAGCAUGAAGCUUAAAUUGUGGGACCAAGAUGAUAGAUUUUACAAAUAUUAUGUCGAAACUUCAAUAAAUAAGACCGAAUGGACAAUCGUCGCAGAUCACAGGAACGAAGAAAAUAAAUCUUGGCAAGUUUUAUGUUUCCCUGAGAGACCCGUAUCUUUCAUUAGAAUAACUGGAACUGGAGGUUCUUCAGAAGCUGGAAGGAAUUUCGCUUUACUACACUUCGAAUGUCCCACAGAUGAUGAAAAAGAGACGCGUGAAUAAUGUUUUCAAGUUAUAUCAAAAAGAUUAACUUGAAUGCAACGACUAUUUUGCAAGGUUGACUCCUUAAAUAACAUAUAUAAAUAUUUACAUACAAUAACAAUAUACAUACUGCGUUCAUUAUCCUCGUUAAUUAUUAUUGGUGAUGGCAAUAAAUCUUUCUAAGAAACAAAA